AUGUCCGGCGGGAUCCAAGAUGUCCGAGCCGAAGACAUCGUGGCCUUCCGUAGUGAAUCGGGUGUUCAGAUCAAGACAGCCGUAGGGAAAGGAGGGUACGUGAAAGGCAUAUACGCGUCAAGAUUCACCAUGCACACAAUGAAAUGGGCGUUUUGGAUGACCGGCAAUUACGGGUCACAUGCUGAUGGCAAAUAUGAUAAAAAUGCAGUGCCUGAGAUCAAUAAUAUUAACUACAAGGACAUGGCGGCAGAUAACGGAACAAUGGCUGCAAGGUUGGAAGGCAUUGCCGACCACCUGUUUACCGGGAUUUGCAUCUCGAAUGUGACAAUUGGACUAGCGGCGAAAGCGAAGCAGCAGCCGUGGACGUGCACUGAUGUUGAAGGGAUUAUGAGUGGCGUGACGCCUCGCCCUUGUGAUCUGCUGCCGGAUCAGGGUGCUGAGAAAGCUACCGCUUGUGAUUUUCCUGCAGAUGAUCUGCCAAUUGACUUGGUGGAGCUCAAACAGUGUACGUAUAGGAUGAGCUGUGUAAACAAUCCUGAAAUCAUGUACUAUUACUCGUGUUUUUCACUGUCUUCUAGUAAAAGCUAA